AUGGCAGGGCCUUCACCUAGCACCAAUGCUGGUCCAAACACUGCGGUCAUUCAUGAUGAUCCAGAUUCCGAUGACGAUGAGGUGCUCGAUAUUGGCAAAGUAUUGAGACAAAAGGCCAACAGUUCGAAGCCUUCUACGACCAGAGCAACAUUGGACCCCCCGCCCCCUGGUAGUUUGGCUGCAGAAGCACAAGCAAGACCUGUCCCGGAGACGCCAGCCAAAAAGCGAGGGUUGGGAUGGCGGGAUGAGAGCCCCAUCACUCCAGCCGUGGGCAUAAACACUACCACAGACACGCCGGUCACAGUCCCACACCAAACGCAGAGCGCUCAUCGGCAGGCUAUUCCGUCUCGGGCUUCAGUGACCUCGCCAGAGGCCCAGCGUGAGCAUAACAGGUCCAAUAGAAGCAAGGAAGAGAGAGAGCGUGAAAGACUCGAGACACUUGAAAAGCUCAACGCCAGACGCCAGGCUACCAAGACUCGGGCGUCUGAUGAUGGGAGAUCUCAGGGUGGCCACCCUAGCUCCUCAAGGCUGCCGGUUGUUGAUCCGAGGACGCCGUCUGCUAGUAAGGUGCCUUCUGUGGCAGAUACGAGCUCAUCUCGCCGUUCACGGGCUAAACUGGAGGAAAGAAGGCGGAGAAAGGAGAUGGAAAAGGCUACUCGCGAAACCAAGCGAUCUCGUCAGAAAUCAACGCCAUCUCAACCUCCUCCAACUCAACCUCCUCCAUCUCCACCUCCACUUCCGCCCCUUACCUUUCAGACCGCGGAGCCCCGAGCCGUUGAUAGAGAGAUAUCAAGGGCCAUCCGACACACUCCACUCACUGCGAAUGAGGCUGCCCAGAGGAGACCGAAUGAAAUCAAAGCCCACGGAGCAGAGGCCUACCAGAGCGGUGCGAAUAGGGGGACAUUGACAGUUGAUUCCCUGGAAGAGACAGCAACCACGGGCGCUGAUGAGGCUGUCUUCGUCCUGGCAAAGAGGCUUACCGAAGCUGAAGCUUGGAAGCCAAAGACCCGUGUUGUUACCGGGAUGGAAAGUGGUGAUGUUCAACGGGAUGCUCGGCCUUAUGGCGUUUCUCGGGAUCAACCUGCUUCUGCCGGGCCCAGUCGGCUUCAGCAGCCACGUAAUCAAGGUUCUGGAGCUAUCACCACACCAACCCGUGGCCGGAAGUGUGAUCGCUGCACCAGGAUGAAGAGGCCAUGCACCUUUGGACAGCCCUGUUCGUGGUGUCAGAUCGCUGACGUACAGUGCGUCUACUCUUCGAACGUUGGCAGACUGGAUCUACAGCCAGAUGAGCGUCCUGAGAGACCAGAGACGGAGAGUUUGGUUGAUCAACAGUAUCGACUAUCUUUGCCUCAACCUGGGUUUCAGGAAUCUCAACCUAUUAGCAUGCCACCACCGCCUCCACGGCCUGUCAGGCAAUGCCGACCACCACCACCUCCUCGUCCUCCUCCGCCACGUCCCAGGAGUCCGAGUUGUUCCCCUCCUCAUGAGCCUGAAUCUCCUGCCACUGACGCCGUUUCUGCCAUUGACGUCUUUGGCGAAGACAGAAUAGUUUAUCAAUACGUCGUCUACAGGACUCAGAAACUCCCUGUUGUUGAGGGGGUGGAAGAUCCGGAGGAGAAGAGGGGAGACUAUGCUAUCCGGUGUAGUGAGCACAGCAAGUUGGCCGAUGCUAAUAGGCAGGUUGAGUUGCGGAUGCAGAGGCCGAAGAAGGGGGUUGUGGCAAAAGGUUGGAAGUACAGGCCUGGGUUAGAUGAGGCGCAGAGACCUGGGUUGAUGGAUGUGAGGGUUGAUUAUGGGAAGGAAGGGGGGGUGGAGUUUUUCUGGGUGGAGGUCGAGACGAGGGAUUUGGCGGGGGUGGUGGAGGUUAGAGGUGGUAGGGGGAGGGGGGAGUUGAUGGUUGAGAGGGUGGCUGGGGAGGUUUAUAGGAGGUGGAGGUUUGAUGUUUGGGGGGUUGUGGUUGUUAAGAGGGAGAAUUUGGCGGUGAGGAAGAGGGAGCAGAGGUUGGUUUUUGAUUGUGGUGGGGUGGAGGAUAGGGGGAUGCAGACUGGUGAGGAGAUGGAAGCUGGGGGUGUGCAAGACGGUGACGAGAUGGGAGUGGACGAUGAGGUGGAGGUGGAGGAAGAAGUUGGGAUUGAAGAGAACGUCGCGGUGGAAGAGGAUGUCGAGAUGAUCAACUUUGAUGACGGGAUGGAAAAAAAGACACCAAUCGAAGCAGCCAGAGAAUCUCAACUGACAGGAACAACACAAGCCGAUACCCAAAACACUACCGAUGCAGCACCAAAGAAAGACCUCCCCAACUGGCACCCCGACUACUACGCCGAUUCCGACGAGUCAGACGACGACGACGACGACGAUGACGAUGACGAAGACCACGUCUCCCCGUUCGAGCGUAACCCACCUUACAACCAACCCACCCCCGUCAUCCUCCCACCCCAAACCAACGUCCUCGACCUCUUGACCGCCACGCCCACCCUCCACGGUAGCUACACCAGCCCCCACCGUGCCAACAUCGCCGCACUGCGAGUCCUCCUGUCUGAAGCCAGGCCGAGAAACAACUACAUGAACGACAACAUCCACUACAGCUCCGUCUUCAAGCCCACCCAGAUGCUCCAGCUCGAGGAAGACGGUCUGGAUCAAGAGAUGACGAGGGCUCUGUUCAACGUCACGUGGCGCCCACCGGGUGACACACCCACUGAGAAAUACAAGUGGGAGUUUGAGGAGUUGAGGGUGUGGGUUACGGAGACGGAGUUGAAGGGGGCUAUUGAUUUGAGUGAUUUUGUGGUCAGGGAUGGGGAGGGGGAUGGGUGGGUAGUUAGGAAGGGGAAGAAGAAGGCUGUGGCUGAGGAGGUUGAAAAUGGGGUUGAGAAUAGGGUGGAGCAGGUGGUUGAGGAGGUGGAGGGGGAGGCGUCAGAGGAGGAGUAA